GCGCGCAAUUCACUCCGCAACCGCGUCCCGACCCGAGCUUGCGCCUGAUCGCAACGCCCCACCCCGCCGGUGGUCGCAGCCUACAAACAAGACAUACAAACGCCCCAACCCUUCGGAGCUCGUCGCCGAGAGCAAGCGCAAACAUGGACGACUUCAACAGUGACACGGACAGCGACUACACAAGCUACUGGCGAGAUUGGUUCAUAUCUUCUCGAGGAAACGAAUACUUCUGCGAGAUUGACGAAGAAUACCUCACCGAUCGCUUCAACCUAACGGGCCUGAACACCGAAGUUCAGUACUACCAAUAUGCCCUCGAUCUCGUAACCGACGUGUUCGACUUCGACUGCGACGAUGAUAUGCGGGAGCAAAUCGAGAAGUCGGCACGACAUCUCUAUGGACUCGUACACGCCCGAUACAUUGUCACAACUAGGGGUCUUGCUAAGAUGCUUGAAAAGUUCAAGAAGUCGGAUUUUGGCAAAUGCCCCCGCGUAAUGUGCGAAUCGCAGCCCCUCCUCCCUAUGGGUCAAUCCGACGUUCCCAACGCCUCACCCGUAAAACUCUACUGCGCCCGCUGCGAAGACCUCUACAACCCCAAGUCCUCCCGCCACGCCGUAAUCGACGGUGCCUACUUCGGUACUUCCUUCCACAACAUCCUCUUCCAAGUCUACCCCGCGAUGCUGCCACCGAAAUCGCAGCGGCGGUACGAGCCCCGCGUUUUCGGCUUCAAAGUACACUCUGCUGCAGCGCUGGCGCGAUGGCAGGCAGACAAAAAGGAUGAGAUGAAAGACAGGCUGAAGACGCUGAAGAUGGAGACUGGGUUUGAAGAGGAAGAUGAAGAUCUGGAAGAUGAUGAGGACGACGAUGAUAUGGAGACUCAGGAGGGCGUUGAGGGCGCGGUUUUGCAGCUGUGACAAAUGGGCCUAUAACGGCCUUUUUCACUGUUGUAGGUGUGGGAAGCAGAUGUAGGAAGAUGGAGGCAUGAGUAGUUUACAACAUCCUCGAGGAACUAGCAUGGGUUUGGCGAUAGGCGUCAUGGCUGGGUGUUAAGCAGUAUCUGAUAUACCAAACAACCUUCAAACAAUGCAGAUUAAGACUUGCAUCAUACCCGAAAUAGCCCGAGUUUCACGUUUGCAUUAGCAU